CACAUAUCAUCUUUAUGUCCUUGCUCAUGGAUGCGUGCCUAACCGUUUAAAUAUGUCGCUGACGAGCAGCUACCCUUACACAUAGACCUGGCUUAGCGGCUCCUUCGGAGCCGUCCUAGCGAACAUGGAAAUCUACUACACGACAAAGAUUGCUGGGAGGGCUGGGAUCAUCGCUGGAUGGUCAAAGGCACCUGGUUAUCCGUCUCUUUUGGCGGUUGCGCUUAACCCAAACGCUGUGGGUAUUUACAAUGAAGAGGGUCGACCACUUGAUCCGAACAACGAGGCGAACAUUAAGAAUGUCCGCGGCACGGAGUGUGCAAAGAUGGCAUGGCAUCCAUUAUUGCCUCUACUCGCAAUUGGAUGGAAAGACGGAGCUAUCUCCUUCUGGAACGCGGAGGAGCGGAAGCUGGAGGAGGAUAGCAAAAUCCACCGAAACACAAUCAGCAGCAUGGCGUGGACUAGCAGCGGGGACCGUCUAAUAACAGGCGAUGAAAACGGACGCAUCUCCAUGUGGAAGACCGACCGGCUCAUGCGGCCCAUCCACGUGGUGGCGUACGACGAGCCGGGGGCCAUCAUCCGACACAUCGUGGUGGGGCUGCCGGAGGAGGUGCCGGAAACCAACAGCCAGGUGGUGGUGGCCUUCUACGUGGCCGACUGCGGCGACCACACGGUUGUGAAGUGGUGCAACGACCAGGGCUACAGCGGGGUGGUGCAGGAAAUGGCGGAGUCCAUUCACUCGCUGGUGCACUACCCCGAGCGCGACCAGCUUCUGGUGAUCGGCUCCUCCUGCACCCUCCACGUGCUGGGCCGCGACGAGCAGCUGGGCGCCUGGGUGACGGCAUCCAAGAUGAAGUUCGCCACGGGCACGGGGGAGGCCGCAACGGGGCUGCAGGUUGCCUGGGCGGGCAACCACACGCUCGCCUCCGCCAGCGAGAAGGACAACGUGGUGCGCAUGUACAACUUCGACACGGAGGACAACUACGUGCUCAACCUGGAGGCGGACUCGGGGCUGGUCAGCCGCGUGGUGUGCCUGGCGUACGACCAGCGGUACCACCUGCUUGCAGUGGGCACCACGGACGGCCGCGUCAUGAUGUACAAGUUCAAUGAGCCCUCCGAGCGGGCGGAGCCGGUGCUGGACCUGGCCAAGUGCUGGGAGAUGCAGCCGGCAUUCUUCGUGGGCAACCGCGCGUUGGCCAUGGAGUGGGGUCCCUUCCCUCGCCUCAUGGUGGUGGCCUGCAGUGACGCCAUUAACGUGUGCCGCAAAACCAUGCUCAGCUACAAGUACCGAGACGGGGUGGCCAUCAUGCAGGUGGCGGUGGACCGGGUGGUGUUGGAGAACAUGGAGGUGGACCCGCAGCGACCACCGGGACGACUGCAGCUGCAGGACAUGCAGCUGCUGGGUCUGGACCUCAGCAAGGGCUUGCUGCUGGUGUGGGAUGGAGAGCGCGCAGAGGUGUACAAGGUGACGGAGACCAACGACAUCAUGGCGGCCUCCCAGUUCGAGACCAACAGCCGCUGCAUGGCCAUCAACAACGACUCCAUCUACCGCGCCGCGGAGGGCAAGCUGGAGGUCGUCAACAUGGCAGGCACUGUGAAGCAGACGGUGAUGUUCGACGACAACCACGGCUCACCCGCCCACAUGGACGUGGCGCGCGACUUCCUGGUGGCGGUCACCAACGUCAACAUCGUGCGGGUGUUCAAGGUGGCGGGCCGGGAGGCAAAGCCGCAUGCGGGACCAGCGCCGCUGUGUCCCCCGGAGCUCAAGUCCUGGAAGGUCUCCAGCGUCAAGGUGAACACCACCGGCAACCUGGUGGCGGCGCUGCUGGUGGGCCCCGAGCCGGCGCGUGCGGUGCGGCUGGUGGUGUGGUGCGCCGAGUCCAACUCGCACCACGUGCACGACUUCUCGACCGACGGGCGGGUGCCGGUGGGGCUGCUGUGGGAUACCGUGGAGCCCAAGCUGCUGGUGGUGCAGACGGCGCCCACCUUCAACGACAGCAACCUGGACGACCGCAACGGCGCCGACUCCCACGUGGUGGACGUGGCCAUCAUCUUUGUGGACUCGGACAAGGGGGUGCUGCUGCAGGAGUACCAGCCCAUCCAGCAGGGCGGCGCCACGGCCUGCAUCGGCUCCGCGGCGCCCUACCUGCUGACCAACAAGAAGAGCAUGGUGCAGCCGGCGCCGGGCUCGGGCGGCUUCCAGCCCUUCACCAGCAACGUGUCCAAGGUGCUCAUGAACAGCUUCAUCGGCAUGCAGGACUCGGACGACAAGACGCGUCGUGCGCUGCUGGACUUCUCCUUCAGCCUGGCCACCGGUAACAUGGACGAGGCGUUCCGCUCCGUGAAGGCCAUCAAGAACCCCGCGGUGUGGGAGAACAUGGCGCACAUGUGCAUCCGAAACAAGCGGCUGGACGUGGCAGAGCACUGCCUGAGCAACAUGGAGCACGCGAGGGGCGCCCGGGCGCUGCGUGAGGCCAAGACAAUCGAGGAGGCGGACGCGCGAGUGGCCACCGUGGCGGUGCACCUGGGCAUGAUUGAGGACGCCAAGAAGCUCUACAUCGCCUGCGAGAGGUACGACCUGCUGAACCAGCUGUACCGCGCGUGCGGGCAGUGGGACAAGGCGCUGGAGGUGGCGGAGAAGCAUGACCGCAUCCACCUCAAGUCCACUCACUACGUGUACGCGCAGUAUCUGGAGCGCGGCGGCGACCUGACGGGCGCUCAGAAGCACUACGAGGCCAGCGGCUGCGGGCUGGUGGAGGUGCCGCGUAUGCUGUUCGAGGCGGAGAAGUUCAGCGAGCUGCAGGCCUACAUCCAGGCCAACGACAGCCGCGAACUCAUCCUGUGGUGGGGCAAGUACCUGGAGUCGCUGGGUGAGUACAGCAAGGCGCUGGACUGCUACCGCAAGGCGGGCGACAGCCUGUCCAUGGUGCGCAUCUACUGCUUCCAGAAGGAGUGGAGGCUGGCGGAGGAGGAGGUCGGCAACAGCGGCGACCAGGCGGCUGCCUUCCACCUGGCCCGGCAGUACGAGGCGGCGGGGCGCAUCGCGGAGGCGGUGCGGUACUACACGCUGUCCAAGCGCUACAGCCACGGCGUGCGGCUGGCCAAGGUCCACGAGCUGGACAGUGACCUGAUGAACCUGGCGCUCAAGAGCACCCCGGCGGUCAUGGUGGACACGGCGGACUACCUCAACCAAAAGGGCCAGCACGAGAAGGCCGCCACGUUGUACAUGAAGGGUGGCAAGCUGUCCAAGGCGGUGGAGAUGUGCUUCACGGCGCAGCUGUUCGACGUGCUGCAGCACAUCACCGACGACAUGACGCCGGAGAAGAGCGACCCCACGCUCUACAACAGGUGCGCCGAGUUCUUCAUGCAGUUCGGCCACAACGACAAGGCCGUCAAGAUGCUCAUCGCGGCGCAGCAGUUCACCCGCGCGCUGGAGCUGUGCGUGGAGCACGACGUGCCCAUCUCGGAGGAAAUGGCGGACUCAAUGACACCCGAGAAGAACCAGCUCAGCCCCGACGAACGCAACUCUGUCAUCUGCCGCAUCGCCAAAGUCGCCAAACGCCAAGGCAACUUCCAACUCGCCGCCAAGAAGUACACGCAAGCGGGCGACAAGGUCAAGGCCAUGAAGGCGCUGCUGCGAGGCGGCGACGCGGAGAAGAUUGUCUUCUUCGCCGGCGUGUCGCGGCAAAAGGACCUCUACCUCAUGGCCGCCAACUACCUGCAAACGCUGAACUGGCAUUCCGACCCCGAGCUCAUGAAGCACAUCAUUUCCUUUUAUUCCAAGGCGCUUGCUUGGGACAGCUUGGCCGCCUUUUACGAGGCGUGCGCGCAGAUUGAGGUGGACGAGUACCGGGACUAUGAGAAGGCGCUGCAGGCCAUGCGUGAGGCCGCCAAGUACGUUGGCAAGUCCAAAUCCGAGGACCGCGACCAGCGCCUGGCCGCCAUCUCCGACCGCAUCGCGGUGUCGGAGCAGUUCGUGGAGGCGCGGCAGCUGAUCGGCUCCAACCCCACGGAGGCGCUGCGGGUGUGUGAGGAGCUGCUGCGCACCAUCCCGCCCGACAGCCAGGACCUGGAGGCGGGCAUCCGCAUCGGGGACGUGUACGCGCUGAUGGUGGAGUACUGGUACGAGGCGCGUCAGCCCAUGGAGGCGUUCAAGGCCAUCGAGGCCAUGCGGCGCCGCGGCAUCAUCCUGUCGCCCUACCUGGACACACGCAUGGUGGAAGACAUCUACAAGGCGCUGGGUGUGGCUCCCGACAUGGCUGAGGACCGGCGCGGCCCCGCCAACCUGGGUCUGCGGGAGGACGACAACGCGGGCUUCGUGGAGGAGGAGCUGCCGGAGGAGGAUGACUGAGCAUGCCCGUCCCGUCCUGACUGAGCAAGCAGUCCCGUCUUGACUGUUUGGUUGGGGAUGUGGUUGAGGAUGUGUGAUUGGAUGAUGAGUGCUUGCUUGGGGAGCGAAUUGAUUGCGGGCGAGAACGUAGGUCGCUUGCUGUGCGCAGUGCAGCAGGGCGGGGAGUGUGGUUCAGGGGGAAGGGUGUGAAGCGGUGCGUAAAAGGCUGUAUGUAAAGGAAAUUGGCCGCGAGUAAGUGCGUGCGUGCUAAGUUAAAGCGUGCGGCUUUUGUGUCUCGACCUGCGAGAGAGUGGUUACGGCGACUCUGUUAGCGGUAUAUCACUAUGCAUGCCUUUAGAGGGCCGGGAGGGCUGCUGCCUUGAGCUGCUGCCGACAUAUAACCUGACAGUGCGGACAUAACCGGACGUGGCGGCCUAAACAGGAACGCCCCGGCUGCAGGGGCGAAAGAACGUUGCUUCUUGUGUACAUAGUCACCUUUGACCAAACUUCCUCUUUGCUGUCUUGCGUCGAGUGACCCGGCGGUGCUGCCAGGCCGAGAAAGCACUAAAACGUGCGGGGGAAUGCCUCCACGCCCGGUUAUCAAAUCUUGUCCAAAAGAGGAACCUUGAUGACUCACCGGUUGGUCGUCUGUGAUUUCCAGGUGUAAUGUUCAU